AUGGACGUUCACAAACUAUGGGCAUACAAGGAAUACGUGAAUGUGAAUGGGUUCAUGUUAUCAAGUGAAUUAAUAUCACUUUUACAAAGCUCUCUGACGGUACUACAAGUAGAGAACCAUUUUACCCACAUGCAGUACUGGGGUCAGAUCUACGCCAUAGAUGGAGAUUACCACAUAGCCGUGGGCACGACUAGGGACGCAAUUGCAGACCGAAAGUAUUAUUACACGACAGAUUUCAAGUUUUGGGGCCUUCUCGCUAGACCUAAGAAAAAGUAUAAACAGCUCUCUCUACUAACCACUUUUCCGUUCCGCGGGGAUCCAUCCCUAAAGAUUAAAGUUCUGGACGAAGCGAUGGAAGAGCAUCAUCCGGAUCGGUGCCAAGAGAUGCAAGAAGAGAAACGCCUGGCGGCUACGAUUAGCAAUAUUUGCGACGAAGCUGAGAUAUGCGCGAGGGGCCAGCUAAUUAAGCAACCGGACGGCACAGUCGUGAUCAAUCCUAACUUUUACGGUCUAACCGGCCCUGAAGCGAAGCUGCUCAAGUCCUACUUACACGUCCGUCCGGCGCAACAACGCUGGAACUCAAAUCUUUUAACUAGGCAGGAUUACAACUACAGUAUGGAUUUUCUAGAUUCCAUUGACCAGGACAUUCCAUCCGGGUGCUGGAACCUCUCGCUAGAACAGUGUGGCACGGUGGCAUAUCUUAAGAGCUUGUAUUGGCCCGGAAUGUCGUACUUUCACAAAGUUAAAACGCCUGAUGCGGGAUUUCUAUACAUCGGCAAUGGGAAAAAGAAUUUCGAUGUACCGUUUCUCAUUUAA